GUUUACAAACUGAAAAAUGAUUACAAAUUGGUUAUUUAAUAAAAUUAAGUUAAAUCAUUAUAAAACAGUAAAACUAACAUGGUCAGCAUAUUCUACAAUAGGAUGUACGCAUUUGCAGGAGAAAAUACUUACAGAAGACAUGAAAAAGGUCAUUGAACAGCACUGGAAAGACAGGAUUAUUUAUAAACCAUUUGAUCCAUCAAAUCACAAGGAGAAGUGCUAUGUACUUUCAAUGUUUCCCUAUCCCAGCGGUGAAUUACAUAUGGGUCACGUUAGAGUUUAUUCAAUAUCUGAUACAAUAGCUCGAUUCUACAGAUUAUUAGGCAGGAAUGUCUUUCAACCAAUGGGAUGGGAUGCAUUUGGACUUCCAGCAGAAAAUGCAGCAAUUCAGAGGAAAAUUCCAGCAAAUAAAUGGACAUUAGAGAAUAUUGAGCGUAUGAGGAAGCAACUUAAUGAUCUUGGAUGUUCUUUUGACUGGAAUUCCGAAUUAGCAACGUGUGAUCCAGCUUAUUAUAAAUGGACACAAAAGAUUUUUCUAAUGCUUUUCAAUGAAGGCCUUGCUUAUCAAUGUGAAUCAAUGGUUAAUUGGGAUCCAGUUGAUCAGACAGUCUUAGCAGAUGAGCAAGUUGACGAGAAUGGACUUUCAUGGCGCUCAGGAGCUAAAGUUGAGAAGAAGCUACUUAAACAAUGGUUCAUAAAAACAACAAAAUUUGCAGAUCAACUUUAUGCUGGUUUAGAUGAUCCAAUUCUGGAAGAUUGGAAGGACAUAAUUAACUUACAGAAGCACUGGAUUGGUGAAUGUGAUGGAUGGAACUUUUCAUUUAAACUUAGCAAUGACAAAAAUAUUACAGUAUGGAGUAAAUCUCCAGAAGAAUUUCAGUAUGCGACAUUUAUAGCUAUAAGGAAGGAACAUUUAUUAAAUACUGACAAAAUUGACAGUGGCUUAUUAAGCUUAAGAGCAAAGAAUCCAUUCACAGGUCAUGAAUUGGCUAUUAUUGUUACCGAUGAAGUUGAAUUUCCACCUUUUAAUGAUGUCUAUGUAUCAAGUAAUAAUGAAGGAGAUGCCAAAAUAGCUGAAAAGUUCGGCUUAGAGAAGAGUCAAUCUAGCAUGAAUUUGAGUAGAGAUGAAGUUUUAAGCAAAGCUGCUGAAUUAAAUAUGGGUGGUGACUUUAAAAUCAGUUCAAAAUUAAAAGACUGGCUGAUAUCAAGGCAGAGAUUUUGGGGAACUCCAAUUCCAAUAAUUCAUUGUCCGUCUUGUGGUGCUGUUCCUGUAAAAGAUGAAGACUUACCAAUAAAACUACCUGAAAAUGAUGAAGUUGGCAAGCCAUUAAGUCAGAAUCAUGAAUGGCUGAAAUGUAGCUGUCCAAAAUGUGGAAAUACAGAUGCUAAAAGAGAAUCAGACACAAUGGAUACAUUUGUAGACUCAUCAUGGUACUUUCUAAGAUACUUAGAUCCGCAGAAUCAAUUAGAUCUCGUUGAUAAGAAACUUGGGAAUGAGAUGAUGCCUGUAGAUAUUUAUAUAGGCGGAAAGGAGCAUGCUGUUCUUCAUUUAUAUUAUGCUCGUUUUAUGAAUCAUUUUCUUCAUCAAAAAGGAUAUGUUAAGGAUGCAGAACCUUUCAAGAAACUUUUGGUACAAGGUAUGGUUAAAGGCAAGACAUAUCGCGUAAAAGAAAAUGGUCUUUAUUUAAAGUCAAAUGAAGUAGAAAUUAUUAAUGAAAAGAAAGGUAAGGCGGUCGAGAAAGAAACAAAAAGAAAAGUGGAGGUGCUAUGGGAGAAAAUGUCAAAGUCAAAAUUCAAUGGAGUCGAUCCAAUUGAUGUUAUUCAAUCUCAUGGUUGCGAUACGACCAGAUUAAUAAUGCUCGGUGAUGUUGCACCAACAAGUCAUCGAAAUUGGUCGGAAGCAACUUUUCCAGGAAUAAUUAAAUGGCAAAAGAGAUUAUGGAUGACAUUGCAUGACUUCCACAUCCAUAGACAGAAAAUUAAUGAAAUUAGCAUUUCCAAAGAAUUUGAUGAGCACGAAGAAAAGCUAUUGGAUUCUGCAAACUAUUUUACAAGUACUGCAACUUUCAAUUUCAAAAUUUCCCAUCAACUGAGCAUUGCUAUAUCAAGACUUCAAGGAUUAACAAAUGCAAUUCGUCGUGCACCGCCAGAUGUUGUAUGUUUCGGAAAGCAAUAUGAACGUGCACUGUCUGCACAAAUUAUCAUGCUAGCUCCAUUUGCACCGCACUUUUCUUCUGAAUUAUGGUCGAGAUUUAUUUCAGCGCCAAAUCGUGUUACAGAAAAAUCGGAUUAUAUUAAUUGGAAUGCUGACAUUUUCGAUCAACAAUGGCCGAAAGUUGAUUCUCAUCAUAAAAUUGAGUUCAAUGUAAAAGUCAAUAAUCUCUUCAUUCAUAAAUUUAAAGUUACAUGUGCUGCAUUGAAUAGAAUGAGCCAGGAUGAAGCAUUACAUCUAGGACUAAACCAUGAGAGCACUGCUAAAUACAUUAAAGAUAAGAAAAUUAUGGCAAGUCAAUGGAAAAUCUAUGAGGAUUAUGAAGGCAUUUUAAAUUUAAUUACAGACCAGGUUUCUGUUGAAAGUACGGAGAAUGAGCAUGAGAAUGUAAAGAAAAUUGUAGAACAAUAAAGUAAAGAAGUAGAUGGAAGAUAAGGAUUUACUAAAUUAAUAAUAAAAGAAUU